ACCACAUGUGAUAUGUCAGCUCAACACCCUUUACCAGAAUUGAGAGACCUUUUAGAGAGCAGCUCAGGAGUUCAUCAUCAUUGGGUAUGGCUACGUCUUCAGCUUAUGGUGGACGCUCUGCUCAACAGAACAGCCUUAGAAACAGGCAGAUAGCUGCCUUACAGAGGAUGCUCAAUCUGAACGAGCACACAGUCUCCAAGUCGACAGUUGCCGUGGAACCAGUGUGGAAGGUACUUAUCUAUGACAAGAAUGGAUCUGACAUCAUCUCUCCUCUUCUCACUGUCAAAGAGCUACGUAGCUUAGGAGUCACUCUACAUCUACUCAUUGACUCCCCCCGUGAGCAGAUCAGAGACGCUGUGGCAGUGUACUUUGUCCUCCCAAAUCGUGAGAACAUAGCCAAGAUCUGUCAGGACUGCAAGGCCCAGCUCUAUGACAACUAUUACUUUAACUUCAUCACCCCCAUCUCACGCUCCCUCCUGGAGGACCUGGCCAAGGCUGCUGUUGAGAGCAACUGUGUGGCACAAAUAUCCAAGGUGUAUGACCAGUACUUGAACUUUAUAUCUUUGGAGGAGGACCUGUUUGUCUCCCGACACCAUGACACUAGAGAGCUCUCUUACUACGCUCUAAAUCGUACUGAUGCGCAGGACACUGACGUUCAGAGCAUCUGUGACACACUCGUGGAGUCUCUCUUCUCCGUCUUUGUCACUGCAGGCUCUAUCCCGGUGAUCCGAUGCCCCAAGGGCAAUGCUGCAGAGAUGGUGGCAAUGGGACUAGACAAGAAGAUACGAGACAACUUGAGGGACCCCAGGAGCAGCAUGUUCACCGGGGACAAUAUGGCACAGAUAAGUUUCACUCGCCCCCUCUUGGUGAUACUGGACCGGAACAUUGACCUGGCCACGCCCCUCCACCACACCUGGACCUAUCAGGCCCUCACACACGACGUACUUAGCCUGAACUUGAACCGUGUGACCAUUCCCCCCUCGACAGAGCCGGGACAGCCCUCACUCGAGCAAGAGAAGACGUACGACCUCUCGCCAGCUGAUAACUUUUGGAUGGGCCACAGAGGAAGCCCAUUCCCGACGGUGGCGGAUGCAGUGCAGGGGGAACUAGACGAGUACAAAAAGUCAGAGGAGGAAGUGCUCAAACUCAAGUCUGUGAUGGGAGUGUCCGAAGAAGAUGAUCCUGAUGUAGUAGCGGGGGCACUCACUGACAACACAGCCAAGCUCACAUCAGCAAUCAGUUCUCUACCUGAGUUGCUGGAGCAGAAGAAGAGGAUCGACAUGCACACCAACAUAGCCACAGCUCUACUCGAGGAGAUUAAGGAGCGCAAGCUGGACACCUUCUUUGAAAUGGAGGACAAGAUGAUCACAAAGUCAUCACUGGACAAGUCAGUGUUGGACAUAGUCUCUGAUCCUUCCGCCGGUACACCCGAGGACAAGAUGCGACUUUUCGUUAUUUACUACCUCCUCUCCCCUGACAUGACAGAGGGAGAGCUGACUCAGUACACGGCUGCCCUGGAGAGUGUGGGGGCGGAUGUGCGGCCACUGGAGUACCUCAAGAAGUGGAAGGCAUACACCAAGAUGGCCGCCAACCCGCAGGCACAGCGUCUCGGCUCUCAGACCGCCUCCACUUCCUCCAUGAGCACCAUGUUCUCUAAGAUGAUGAGCACUGGGUCAAAGCUCGUCAUGGAGGGUGUCAAGAGCUUUGUUGUGGGGAAAAAGAAUUUGCCUGUAACUCGGAUAGUUGAUCAGCUCAUGGAGCUCAAGAGUUCGAAGACAACUGACGACUAUCGUUAUCUCGACCCUAAGAUUCUAAGAGUAACUGACAGCUCAUCAAUUCCUAGGAGUAAAACACCUUUCCAAGAAGCAUAUGUGUUUGUGGUUGGCGGGGGCAACUACAUAGAGUACCAGAAUUUGUUGGAGUAUUGUCGGCGAGGCCAGGGGAUCAAGAAUGUCACGUAUGGAACAAGUGAACUCAUGAACGCCAGUCAGUUCCUCAGUCAGCUUUCCAAGCUCGGUCAGAUUUGAGAAGGGUGCUUGUGGACACUGACUGUACAUGUACAAUCAAUUAACUCCUGGUCUAUUUGUAUGCAUGCCUUAACUUUUCAUCGUAUAUGAGCAAGAAUUAUGGCAAUUGAUAACACAAUCAUAAUUAUUAUUACAUUGA